CCUUCCCUCCCUUCCUAUCACUUAAUUCUCCACCGAGGGUGCCCCUCACGGAGGAGGGACGCUGCAGAGAAGCACCCCAGACAGAGAACGUCCUGUGACCCUUCCAGGCCCUCAUGCAAAGUGUUCUUCCCUGCGGACCCCAUCAAAAUCGUGCGUGCCCGUGGCCAGUACAUGUUCGACGAGAAGGGCGCGCAGUACCUGGACUGCAUCAACAACGUCGCCCACGUGGGGCACUGUCACCCCGGAGUGGUGCAGGCGGCCCUGAAGCAGAUGGAGGUGCUCAACACCAACUCCAGGUUCCUGCACGACAACAUCGUGGAGUACGCCAGGCGCCUCACAGCGACACUGCCGCCCGGGCUCUCUGUGUGCUACUUCACCAACUCCGGGUCCGAGGCCAACGACCUAGCCCUACGCCUGGCUCGGCAGUUCAGAGGCCACCAAGACGUGAUCACGCUCGACCACGCUUACCAUGGUCACCUCACGUCUUUGAUUGAGAUUAGUCCCUACAAAUUUCUGAACGGCAAAGAUGCCAAGAAGGAAUUUGUGCACGUGGCACCAGCUCCAGACACGUACAGAGGCCCAUUCCGAGAGGACCACGCUGACCCCGCCGGGGCCUACGCCGAUGAAGUGAAGACGAUCAUUGAAGAGGCUCAGGGCCGGGGGAGGAAGAUCGCUGCAUUUAUUGCCGAAUCCAUGCAGAGCUGUGGUGGACAAAUAAUCCCUCCAGCAGGCUACUUCCAGAAAGUGGCAGAGUAUGUCCGUGGGGCUGGGGGCGUGUUUAUAGCUGACGAAGUUCAGGUCGGCUUUGGCCGAGCUGGGAAACAUUUCUGGAGCUUCCAAAUGCAUGGUGAAGACUUCAUUCCAGACAUUGUCACCAUGGGAAAGCCAAUGGGCAAUGGCCACCCCAUGGCAUGUGUGGUGACGACCAAAGAAAUCGCAGAAGCCUUCAGCAGCUCUGGGAUGGAGUAUUUCAACACGUAUGGAGGGAACCCGGUGUCCUGCGCUGUUGGUUUGGCUGUCCUGGAUAUCAUUGAAAGUGAGGACCUUCAAGGAAAUGCCACCAGAGUAGGGAAUUACCUUGUCGAGUUACUACAGAAACAGAAGGCUAAGCACCCUCUAAUAGGAGACAUUCGAGGCAUUGGCCUUUUCAUUGGCAUCGACCUGGUGCAGGACCAGAACAGGACCCCAGCCACCGCCGAGGCUCAGCACGUCAUCUACCAGAUGAAAGAGAGAGGUGUGCUCCUGAGCGCCGACGGCCCUCACAGAAACGUGCUGAAGAUAAAGCCGCCCAUGUGCUUCACGGAAGGAGAUGCCACGCUCAUGGUGGACCAGCUGGACGGGAUUCUCACAGUUUUAGAAAAAGCUGGGGAAGCCCAGACUGAAAGCGUGAGCUCUGCGGACACUCCACGCAGAAUGAAGGCUCCAGAGGCGUGCUCUGACGGGCUCAGCGGCAGCUCGGCCGGCUCCAGCGAGAAUCCCAGCACCAAGAGGAACGGGGCGUGCACAGACAGACACUCGCUGCUCAGCAAGCGGCUCCGGACCUGAGGGCCAGCACUUCGCAGCUGGGGCUGUCUGGGUUAGGGAGCCGGCGUCUCUGUGCACAGCCUGUGAUGUUCCAGGAAGGUGACUUUCCCUCAGCUGGGCUUCCCGAGUGAGGCCAAUGCAGAGUGAGAAUGAGCACACGGGAACCAAACCCGGCCAGGGCUACACAGCCGCAGCCCGUUGAUUCCUCACGGGUUCCUGGGGUUACUUGAUUUAUUCUACUGAAGUUAGGCUUGCAAAUUCAAACUCGAGCUGGCUGCGUUAGUUUCCGUGUUUGAAGUUAGAACACAAAGUGCAUAGGGUCCUUACCUUUGGAGACGCGGUGCCUUCAAACGUGGACUCUAAAAUGAUUUAAUAUAUAAAGCUGUAUUUAUAGACCAUAAUAAAAUAAGUUGAUGUAAAACGAAAA